AUGAUUCUCAAUAAUUUGGAUCCUGCCGUUGCUCAGUUUCCCCAAGAACUUGUUACUUAUGGAGGAAAUGGACAAGUCUUUUCUAACUGGAUUCAAUUUCGGUUAAUGUUGCAUUAUUUGUCAAUAAUUGAUGAAAAACAGACAAUUUCGCUGUAUUCCGGUCAUCCAAUGGGAAUUUAUCCAUCUCACCGAAAUGCUCCUCGUUUGAUUAUCACAAAUGGAAUGAUGAUACCUAAUUAUUCAACGAAAGAGUUAUAUGAUAAAUAUUUUGCAUUGGGAGUCACCCAAUAUGGACAAAUGACCGCUGGAAGCUAUAGUUAUAUUGGACCGCAAGGAAUUGUUCAUGGGACCACAAUCACUAUCAUAAACGCUGGGCGUAAGUACCUUGGUGUAAAGAAUCUUGGUGGUAUACUUUUCGUCACAUCGGGAUUGGGAGGAAUGAGCGGUGCACAAGCGAAAGCAGCUAUAAUUGCUGGAUGUAUUGGUGUUAUAGCUGAGAUAUCGAAAGAUGCUCUCAUGAAACGUUUUGUUCAAGGAUGGCUAAAUUUAUACAGCGACAACUUGGACAAAAUCAUAACUUUGAUUAGAGAAUAUAAGCAGAAUAAACAAGCAAUUAGCAUAGGAUAUCUCGGCAAUGUUGUUGAUCUGUGGGAGCGACUGGUAGAAGAAACGGAUCUUAUCGUAGAUCUUGGUUCAGACCAAACUUCGCUUCAUAAUCCUUAUAAUGGUGGGUAUUAUCCAGCUGGUGUUUCAUUCGAAGAAGCCAAUAAAUUAAUGGUCGAAAAUCCAGAAAAAUUCAAGACACUUGUAAAAAAAAGCCUUUUACGCCAAAUUGCUGCCAUCGAUAAACUCACCAAAAAUGGAAUGCAUUUUUGGGACUAUGGCAAUGCGUUCUUGCUUGAAUGUGCACGCGCUGGUGCUAAAAUAUUUGCCGCUGAAGCUGCAGAUGAUAAAACAUUCAAAUAUCCAUCAUAUAUGCAAGACAUUAUGGGCGAUAUAUUUUCGAUGGGUUUUGGACCAUUCCGUUGGAUUUGUGCCUCUGCUGAUCCCAGCGAUCUUCGAAUCGCCGACAAAUUGGCUUAUGAUGUUAUUAAAGCAUUAGCCAACGAAAAAGUACCUAAGGAGAUUCAACAACAAUACCUCGACAACAGUGAAUGGAUAAAGCAAGCUGAUAAACACAAGCUAGUCGUUGGGUCACAAGCCAGAAUUCUGUACUCAGAUUUAGAAGGACGAAUUGCUAUCGCUAAAGCAUUCAAUACUGCCGUUGCAGAAGGCAAAUUGAAAGGUCCCAUAAUUAUUAGUCGCGAUCACCACGAUGUUAGUGGAACAGACAGCCCUUUCCGAGAAACAUCCGAUAUAACUGAUGGGUCUGCUUUCACUGCUGAUAUGGCGAUUCAAAAUGUGAUCGGUGAUUCAUUCCGUGGUGCCACUUGGGUAUCAAUCCACAAUGGUGGUGGAGUUGGAUGGGGUGAUGUGAUAAAUGGUGGAUUUGGCAUGGUACUCGAUGGGAGCCACGAUGCAGAAAAAAAUGCCGACUCGAUGCUUACAUGGGACGUGGCAAACGGCAUUAGUCGACGAUGUUGGGCCGGAAACAGUUUGGCCAAGGAGGCGGUGCAUAGAGCCAUGAAAAAGAUAAAAAGGCUUCGUGUUACGAUUCCUGAGGCGGUUGAUAUGAAAAAAUUAAUCAAAGAAUAA